UGCAGGCGGCGCGCUUCUGGUGAAUCACAAGACGAAGACAGCUCUGGCCAAUAUGCUCAGCAUUCGGCUUCAGGGCGCCGCCCCGCCCGCUGACCAUGAACCGUCCGCCGCGGGGACCCUCAGGUUGAUGACAGCGGCGCACGCGGCGGGUGGCGCCGUGAGAGCCCCUGCAAGGCUGCUCCUCAAUCACCACCCGCAUCAGGCGGGCGCGGUGGGCGUGGGCGUGGGCGGCGUGGUGGGCGGCGGCAAGGUGUACGCGGGCGCGGUGCGGGCGCCGCCGCCGCGCGCGCAGUUCUACGGACACAACCCCAACCUCAAGCUACCGCCCGACCUGUUCCUGCUGGGCUGCGUGUUCCAUAUUGUGGAAUACCAGCAGUCUUGGGGGACGGAGCGCGUGGCUCGCUGGGCAGAAGCAAUAGUGCGGCGCGGCGGUGAAGUCGAGGCGGGAUACUGUGCGCGCGUCACGCACGUGCUGUGCGAGACUCAGAAGCACGGGGUUGUCAUGCAGGCACUACGAGACGCGAAACGCUGCGUGACCGCAUACUGGCUCUCAGACGCAAUGUUGCGUCGAGGCGUAGCGCCGCCCUGGCAGGCGUUACAUCUACCGAGCAUGUAUGCUGCACGCGACCGCCCUGCGAGGCACCAUCGCUGCGCCAUAUCGGGCUGGAGGGACGAAGAGAGGGACAGAAUUACUUUCUGCGUGGAGCAUAUUGGAGCUAAGCUAACGCCAUACAUGACGCGCGACAACACAGUGCUAAUCUGCAAGCGAGCUGAAGGCAACAAGUACAGACGCGCGCGCGAGUGGGGUAUCCCAGUGGUCACUGCAGCUUGGCUCACGGACUUACUGCUGGGCAACAUGAGCGCACUCGCGCAGAUCGAGAAUGCCAAAUAUCAGCAAUUCAACCUAGCCAGUCCGUUUAGGAUGGAUUACAGUUUGGUGUCUCAUCUGAUGAACGCGUGGAAAAUGCCCAUAAACAUAACGCAAGAGUCCAACGAGCGCGCCAAACGCAGCGCCGCCGCCGCGCUCACGCAGCGCCGCGCCAAGCGCCCGCGUCUGUCCCCGCCGCGACCGCCCGCGCCCGCCGCCUUACAACAACCGCCGCUGCAUUUAGCGCCAAGGGUUCUGUUCUCAGCGGUGCCACACCAUGACCAGAACAGACUAGCUGCUAUCGUCAGGCAACUGGGCGGGCUGGUGGUGACGUCAGCAGCCGAGGCUACACAUCUAGUGAUGGAGCGUCUGGUUCGGACCAGCAAGCUGGUGGCGUGCCUCGUCAGCGUCAAGCACCUGCUGAGCUGCGAGUGGGUGCGCGACAGCCAGAGACAGGGCAAGUUCGCUGACGAGGCGGCGCACGAGCUCAGGGACGAAGCAUUCAACAGCAUGUUCAAAUGCGACAUUGGCGAGGUGCUGUUAUCGGGCGAGCAGAGAAGGAAGCUCUUCGAAGGAAUCACCUUCUUCCUCACCCCUUGUGUGAAGCCCUCAAGAUCCGCGCUCACUGAAAUGAUCGAACUCUGCGGCGGAAAAGUCGAGAAGAACCGACGCUCCUACGUCUCUAUCCAGGAAAUGCACACGCAAAAACCCUUCAGCUAUCUAGUGCUGACUGUGCCCAACGAUUUACACCUAGUUUAUUACCUACUGCAGUCUGAAAAAACCCUAAACGUGGUCUGCAGUACCGAGGUGGUGCUAUCCGCGAUAAUGCGGCAAAAGUUAGAAGUAGAGGAAUUCCUCGUGAAAAUAGAUUAAACGUGAUCUAGUUAUGUAUUUCCAUGAAUUUUAUCAAUUCCAAAAUAUGUUUUGUUCCGACAUUUUAAAGUAUUUUAUGUAUUAAUAAAUUUAGCAUCUAAUGUAUUGUACAUACGUUUGAAAAUGAAUUUUGUAACGUCUCGACUUUAGGAUGAUUGUCUAUAUGAUAUGUGUGUAUUGCUUGUAACUUUAUACAGCAAUUUAUUUCUCUGGCUAUGGGAAUUCAAUACACUAAGGAUCUCACAUAUCUUCGGCUAUGUCCAUAUUAAAUGAAUUAAAUUAAUUUUAUUAUUGAUAGAAGUAUGCCAUAUAUUUUUUUCAUUUUAUUAUUAUUACUACAGAUUUUAAUGAAUUAAUUCUUUUUUUAGUCGUUGUCUUGACAUUUGAAUUUUAAUUUUGCAGUUAUUGAUGAAGUUGUAAUUUUUUUAUUUUGGAAUCUCUCCGUUUUACUUGUGUUUUUGUAGAACUGUUUAUGAAAUGUAAAUUAAUUUAAAUGAAAUGCAUAUAUUUAUGUUGUGAAGUUAUAAAAUGAAUUCAAUAUUAUUGCUAAAUAUAAGAAGUAACAUUUGGUAUGAAUUUUUACAGUUUUGUACAUAAAACUAGCAGGUAAGACGGUCUGGACCACGGAAAAAAAUACGAAAUAUAAAUAUAUGACAUGUUUCUUAAUA